AUGCCUGCAUUUGAAGCACCAAGUGUUGAGCUAGGCAGUGCUCCUCAAACACCGAGUAUUGUGGCAUCGCCUUCACCUUCGGAAAUCUCUAGCGCCAGUUCUCCUGAACCUCCCAACAUACGAGCUACGCCUUUAUUUAGAGCCUUGGCUAUGCCCCCCCCUGAACCGGCUCAACCACCAGGCCAGGAAGAAUUAGAGCGACGACUUCCGGGCUACAGACGGAUCAUUAUUCCACGAGAAUUAACUUUGAUAGAGCUUUUGAAACAAAGCAGUGGUGUGACAACAGACGAUGAGGUCUUGCGCAUUCGAGAGGCUAAGCUUCGUGUAGUAGCUGAUCGAGUCGGAUUGAGGAGACUUCACGUUCUUUCUCCAAGACUUCGCGUACUCACGCUGGAUGGAAGCGCGCUUUCUUCUUUGCGCGAUCUGGGUAUCGGUUUAGUUCACCUCAAAAUUUUGAGUAUAAACCGUUGCGGUUUAUCGAGUUUGGAUGGCGUUUGGGGAUUAGGCAAUUUGAGGGAACUGUAUGCCGCUGGAAACCGUAUCCAAGAUUUACAACCUCUGGCCGCGUUACAGAAACUGCACACUUUAAAUCUGGCUGAUAACCCUAUAUCGGAUUCUGGUCGACUUUGGACACUAGGAGUUUGCAGUGCUCUACGGAAACUUACUCUCACAGGAACUCCUGCGUCUGAUGAUGUCGACUACCGUUCCCGUGUCGCUGCCGCAUUGCCCAUGCUGGUCUACUUAGAUAAUAGACCUUUGCAUACAGAUGUUACCUAUUCUGAUGAAGAGUUUGGCUCGGCGACAUCGUCUGAGAGUGAAGAUGAAGAGGAACCAGAUCUAUUGGCAAAAUUAAGUAUUCCACCGGUAGCAGAACCUGAACCUGGGCCGUCGACUAUGCCGGAUGAAAUUCCGGAAGUUGAUGAGGGUGGCAAUGCGGGUAAUUCAAGUUUGGAAUGCGAUAAUCUAAGUAGACGCAUUCGACGACGUCCAGCUACUACCGAAAAUGCUGGUGUCAGACCAAUUCGGCCCAACGUCCCACCGAGGCCAAAAACAGCUCAAGACAGAAGACAGAACUCUGGAGACCAUCGGACUAGACUUGAGAUACUAAAUACGCUUUUAGAUGAUGAGUGGCUAUGCAGCGGAAGUAAGUUGACCUCUUUGGAUGCUGUCUGCGGGAAUUUAGCAAAUUCUUUACGUCGCAACUCUAGCACAUACCAACGUCGCUUUAAAGAUGCACAAAAGGAAUUAGUGGAACAGACUAUAGAAGAUGCGUCAAGAGCGGUAGCAGCUGAAAUACCACGAGCACCUCGACUAGAAGAUUGGAUCAAGUUCAAGGAAGAAACAGGGAUUGACAUUGAAAUAAACUUUAACGAUAGACCAAAAUGUCCUGAUCCUACAAAAAUUCUUGAACGUCUCGAGAAAAUUGAAAAGGAGACUCAAGAGAGGAUUAAAGAAGAAACAUUAAAAGGGAAGUCUAAAGUUACGGAUGUGUAUUUAAAAAAUCCAUUCGCCAGUCCCUGGACACAGAAAUUAAAGUUGGAACCGCCUGCGCGACUCACAGACCCUAAAUAUGGAGUGCACAAGUACAUCAAAGUUAAUGGCACGGUACUGCACUAUGUUGAGAGCGGCGACCCUUCGAAGCCUCUAAUGAUAUUUGUUCACGGCUUCCCGGAGUUCUGGUACUCUUGGCGACAUCAAAUUGUAGAUUUCCAGAAGGAUUAUUGGUGCGUCGCCAUUGACAUGAGAGGCUACGGAGAUUCAGAACGACCAGAGGGCGUUGCUUCUUACCAAAUCCAACAUCUAGUCGCAGACAUAAAAGAUCUUGUAAUUCAAUUAGGGAGAGAGAAAUGUAUUUUAAUUUCUCACGACUGGGGUGGCUUGAUCGCUUGUCAGUUCCGCAACCAGCACCCUGAAAUGUUGCAUGGACUGGUCAUGCUGGCCAGCACAUCAAGUACAGCUUGGGUCCGCGAGAUUUGGAACAACCCUGAACAAAGAAAGCAAUCUUGGUACGUGUUCAUGUAUCGGGCACCAGUUAUACCUGAAAAAGCACUUCUCAUGAAUGAUCUAGAAAUUUAUGAGAAAGUCAUGUUGCUGCCUGGUAAAACCAAUACUGAUAAAGAAGACAUCGAGUGCUACAAGUACUGGUUCCGUAAGCCACUUGCUCUAACGCCCCCAAUCAACUACUACCGAGCCAACUUCAGAUUCGACAUGCCGGAGAUUGUUGAACAUAAAGAGAACGUACCCAUGCUAGUGGCACUCGCAGCCAACGACCUUUAUCUCAGCCACAGCUUGCUUGACACCAUAAAGAAGGAGUAUUCUACUAUAGAGACCGCAAUUGUUGAAAACGCGAGCCAUUUCUUACAGCAAGAAGAGCCAGAGAAAGUGAACAAACUGAUCAGAGACUUCCUCUCUAAGAAUAAUAUUUAAAUUUGUUCUAUUAUUUUAUCAUCCCUAAUAAUUUUGAAUGAUUAGACCGUUACAACAAUGGGCGUAGCCAUUGUGUAAGAGCAUCAAGUGUC